UGAAACAAUGUUCAGCUUCGCUAGAGGAUCAACAUAUUGUUUGUUUCUCUAUUUUUUAAGAUAUUAGUGUUACUUCUAAAUUCAUCAAAUAACUUGAAAUGGAUUUUCUAGUUAGGGCAAGUAGCUUAAUUUCAAGUCGUUGUUCUUAAUGAUGCUUAUUUCUUGACCGGAUGAUGAGCUCAAGUAGAAUAACCACAAUUGUAUCCUAGCGCUAGCUUCUGUAUUAAGGAUUGCAUGGAUUAGUUCAAAAUGGGCAUAAAUCAAAUACGAGUUCAGAUGGAGGUUCAUUUCUAUUUUGAGUAUAAAAUUGCAAUUGAAGAAGAAGAGUGGUUGGUUGUCGUGACUGUCGUGGUUGCCGACGACAAAUGUGUGAAAAGCAAGAGGGAGAAUAAAAGAAAAGGAAAGGAGGGUGAAGAAAAGAAGGGUUUCGCCACCGCCGGAAAUCGCCUCCGGCAGCGCACGGUGGUUUCCAGCAGCUACUACUCACGGAGGUUACGAGAAAAUAAUUUUCUUUUACUAAUUAGUAAUUACUCUAACUCUUUUUCUUGCUCCGGUGGUUCUAUGUGUAAAAAUGGGAUCUUUUAGGAAGCUGCCGGAAAAUUAUUUUUCUAACACAAUUUAUUAGUUUUGGACUUUAAAAUUGCCAACUAAUGAUGCUAAAGUCACCGACACUAUUUUAUUUUUUUUAUUUUUUUUUAUCGAUAAAGUCCUUGUUUUUGGUGGAUUCCACUGUAUUCUCUUUUGGUGUAUCCCUCGCAUGUGAUGAGGAUCAAC